AUGGCCGAAAUCAUGGCCGAUUCGGAACUUGCCCCCAAGUUCGCGCCAUUCAUUGGCAUGGCCGGCAUCGCAGCCGCCAUGAUCUUUGGCAGCGCGGGCGCCGCAUAUGGCACAGCCAAGUCUGGCAUCGGUAUCGCCGGCGUGGGUACCUUCCGGCCGGACCUCAUCAUGAAGUGCCUGAUCCCCGUCGUCAUGUCCGGUAUUAUUGCCGUUUACGCCCUCGUCGUAGCUGUCCUGAUCGCACAGGAUCUCGGGCCGCCAGGAUCCGGUCAACAUUAUAGCUUGUUCAAUGGCUUCAUGCAUCUUGCAUGUGGUCUAUCAGUCGGUCUCACCGGUCUCGCCGCGGGCUACUGCAUUGGUAUUGUAGGCGACAAGGGUGUCCGAUCGUUCAUGCUACAGUCGAGGAUCUUUGUCGGCAUGGUCUUGAUCCUCAUUUUCGGCGAAGUCCUUGGUCUUUAUGGCCUCAUCGUCGCCCUUAUCCUCAACACCAAGAGCAAGGGCUAA